AUAGUCUCUCUCUCCUCGUGUUGGCGGAUCCGUCUUUCUUCUGCGCUUCUCCUUUUGUUGUGGAAGGUUAAGCAGGAGAGGGGGAGAGAGGAGAGCGAAGAGAUGCUGCGGGUUGCAGGAAGAAGGCUGAGCUUGUUCUCGAGGGCAUCGUCGCCCUCGACAUCUGCCUUCCUCUCCAGGGGCUUCCAGGAAGCCGCCGACGAUGCGUCCCCUUCCAUCGACCGCCGUUCCUCCUUCCUUGGAGCUCCUAACCCUAGUUGGAUCCACCGGGCUUCUUCGAUCAGAGGGUUUGCUUCUGAGUCGCUUGUUCCAAGACAAGGCCUAGAACUUUCUGAUCUUCCUGCUACGGUGGCAGCUGUGAAGAACCCAACCUCCAAGAUUGUGUAUGAUGAAUAUAAUCAUGAGAGGUUUCCACCUGGAGAUCCCAGCAAGAGAGCCUUUGCCUAUUUCGUGUUGAGUGGUGGAAGGUUUGUCUAUGCCUCGUUGAUCCGACUCUUGGUUCUCAAGUUUGUCUUGAGCAUGUCUGCUAGCAAAGAUGUCCUUGCUUUGGCUUCAUUGGAGGUCGACUUAUCCAACAUUGAACCUGGGACCACUGUCACUGUAAAGUGGCGAGGAAAGCCUGUUUUCAUUAGGCGUAGGACAGACGAUGAUGUCAAGCUUGCAAACAGUGUUGAUAUUGGCUCCCUGCGUCAUCCAGAAGAGGAUUCUGCAAGAGUCAAGAACCCAGAAUGGCUUGUUGUAAUUGGAGUCUGUACCCAUCUUGGAUGCAUCCCGCUACCAAAUGCAGGGGAUUUUGGAGGUUGGUUCUGUCCAUGCCAUGGAUCCCACUAUGACAUUUCUGGCAGGAUACGCAAGGGCCCUGCACCAUACAACCUCGAGGUCCCAACCUACACUUUCUUGGAUGAGAAUAAGCUAAUGAUUGGUUGAGUUCUUGUAGAAAGGAAGAGCUUUUGGUAUGGUUCUCAAACAAUCGUGUCACUGGUGAGACUUGAAUAGACUUGUCAUAUGGGUAUUUGGUUCUUUAUUUUAUUCGAGUUGUAGCCAGUAUUUUGUCUGGCAGUAUACUUUGUUCUGAAUAAUCAAUAUUGACCUUGAGAGAGAUUCUCUAGAAAACGCUCCCUGGAAGAACGGAGCUCCAAUGCAUCUGUAGUCGAAUCAAGUUGUGCUUGACUGGGAUGACAUGGUUUUUUUCUUGAUUUAGCUUUCAUGUAAUGUUGAGAUGUUAGCACAUCUAAAGACCCCCUAAAUUUUGUUAGUUGUUCCACUCCUUCUGUUGAUACGAUAAUAAGUUCCUGAUUUAGUUGGGGGAAAUAAAAGCUUUGUCUGCUUUUUUA